AAUCAAAAUUUAUUGUCACUUUAUAUAUGUAUCAAUUUUUAUAAAAUACCUAAAUAUAUUUUCUCCUCGUUCCACUCAGUACGUAUCUCCCUUGCUUUCCUUCACUUUAUUGUCGCUUUUAGACCUUGAAUUUUCUCAUAAAUCAGAACAUAAUACCAAAACAACACCAAAAAGAAAUCAGAGUUACUCCUAAGAAUGUCUUCGGAUCAUCACACACCAACGAAAGAUCCACCGGAUCGUCCAUCUUCUUCCUCCAUCAACCACAACCAACUGCUUCCUUCUCAACCGCAGGCGCAGCAACCGCUCAGCCGCUACGAGUCUCAGAAACGCCGAGACUGGAACACGUUCAUCCAAUACCUAAAAUCGCAGAAUCCACCGCAGAUGAUGUCUCAGUUCGAUUACACACACGUGCUAAGUUUCCUCAGGUACUUAGAUCAGUUCGGUAAGACCAAAGUACAUCACCAAGCUUGUGUCUUCUUCGGACAACCAGAUCCACCAGGACCGUGCACAUGUCCUCUCAAACAAGCUUGGGGAAGCUUAGAUGCUUUGAUAGGACGGUUGAGAGCUGCUUAUGAGGAACAUGGCGGUGGGUCACCGGAUACUAACCCGUUUGCAAACGGGUCAAUCCGGGUUCACUUGAGGGAAGUGAGAGAAUCUCAAGCCAAGGCUCGUGGGAUUCCGUACAGGAAAAAGAAGAGGAGGAAGAUUAAAAACGAUGGGGUUGUUGCCAGGAAGGAUGUUGCAAACUCUUCGACUCAUAGUCAGUCGUCCACUUGAUAAUUUAUCACAUAAAAAAUUUCCGAUAUAGGUAAAUCUAUUUUGAAAUUCUUUUUUUUUUUUCACUCUUAAUUUAAACUCUCAUAUGCUCUUUUUAAAUUGGAAUUAUUCCCUCUGAAUAAGGACACCACAAAAACUCAAAAUAUCAUAUCAAUAAUAGUGAUUGAUUCCAUGAAAUUUCUUGAUAAUUUAUGUUGUCAUUAUAUAUAUAUAUACGAAUAGUAAUUGGUAUUUUCUAACGAAUAGUAAUAGGUAUUGAAGAUCAUAUAUGUAUAAGGGAUAAAAUACCGAAAAAGUAGUUUUUUUCUUAUCAACUCUUCAAGUGUCCAAUUGUGAAUGGUAUUUUAAUGACAUAAAUUUUCUGUACGUUGCAUUGCAUGCAUAAUGAUGUAUACUCGUACACUGGUAGCAUGUGUAGGUCAAUAAUAUUUCUUACAUUACAUACAUUUAAAAGUUACUUGGAUAUGUACACAUAUACAAGUUGUCACAAAAUAUGAAGUUUAGUAUUAUGUGUCAGAGGUUAGCUAGGUUGUUAUCAUCUUACCGUUGAGCUUAGCUCCGGUUGUAGCUCGGUUGUUAUCAUCUUACCGUUGAGCUUAGCUCCGGUUGUUAUCGUCUUAUCAUUGAGCUAGUGUCUCCUUUUAACAUUUAUAUAUUAUGUCUUAUUGUACUUUUUUAAUUGAUCAGUUUACCUCGAGGUUAGUUUCGGUUGUUAUCGUCUUAACGUUGAGCUUACUUACCGUUGAGCUUACCUUUGGUUGUUAUCAUUUUACAGUUGAGCUUAGCUCCGGUUAUAAUCGCUUAGCCUUUGAAGCUUUUAAUAUAUUUAGUGACAAAAAAGUAUUAUGUGUAUAUACAUUUAUUUUGGAAUAUAUUUUGGAAUAAUCUUGUAGCUAUACAUUAGACCAUAGUAUUUAAUAAAUGUUGGUUUGGAGUCUGCUAGCUAGGGAUACUAGCUAGGAUGAUUAGAAUAAUCUUGUUUUUAAUAUAUUCCAAAAUGCUUGAUUUCUUUAUAUGUUACUGACUUUGAAGAAUGGAUUAGUGGCAAAUCGGCCGGUUUACAAAAUGCAUGGUUUCUCGAAUCAUGUAACUAAAUGAUAUAAAAAAAGCAAUUAAACGAUAUGCAUGAAAAUUAGUAUUCUAAGAAAAGAAGAAUAUAGCUUUUAAAUGAUCUUGGAACCUGAGCAACCCGGGUUAACCUAAGUAAUCUGGAUUCAAAUGCACUCCACUACACUUCAUAUUAUGGCUACACAGAAAAUGAACUUCGGCUAAUUUGAAAAUCCGGAAAACGAUUUAUAUGAUGGAUUGUAUCUUUUUUUGGAGAUUAGUUUAGGUUUGAUGUCUGGGAUACCCUCAAGUUAGUAAAAAAAAAAGACUUUUAAAUGGUCUUAUACAAUUAUGGAUUUUGUUAAAACAUUCAGACAUUAAUCUACUGGUCCAUUCUAAGUUAUGUGUUAUUUAAAAGUUGAUUCAUCUUAUGUGUGAAUAUCUCGUGCUAUUGAAACUUAUAUUUUAUAACUCACUGUAUUAUAAAUUUUUGAAGUUAGUCACUCAAUUAUAUUGUACUCCAACUAAAAUAUUAUUACAAAAUUUGAAUGCCUAAUGACCUCUAUAAUAUUUGACAAUUUACACGUAAGUUUUCAUAAUGGUCAAUUACAUAUAUAUCACUAAUAAACUAAAAUAAUAAUGAAUCAUUUUCAUUAUUAAUAUUUUUCAGUUUCCUUUUUAAUGAUUAAUUUUAUUCUAUGUUAUUGUUUUGAUAACAGAAGUAGAAGCUUUUAUAAAAAUAAAAACAUAUUAUUAUAUUAAAAGUAUGUUUUACGUGUUUCACCCAAACUAAUCAUCACGAGUCUAUUGAUAAAUUAAAAUUAAGAGCUUAUUUGACAAAUAAUUUCAUUUUCUAAAUAAUGUGGUUUUAAAAUAUGCCCUUAACCUACUACGAGCUUUUAAAAUAUUAUGUGUAACCAUGUGAUUGUGGUUUAGUGGCAGACAAGCUUUGAGUUGUUAAGAAAUCUCCAUUGAAGAGUACUUUUGAUCAACUCUCUCAAUCUGUGAGUGUGACUAACUCUCUCAAUCGGUGGUGGAAUAGACUUGCUCGAAUAACACAAGCAAUCCUAAUCUAUAGAAUAGUAUCGACAAAUGACUCAAAUAAAACUGAAGGCAAGAUAUUCAAAGACACUCUUUGAAAAAAAAAAAAAAUUCUUAUGUACAAAACUUGUAGAUUGAAAGGUGAAUUUUGAACUGUCUAAAAGCUUAUAUAGGCCAUGGCUCAUUUCUCAGAAAAAAUAAGGAAACAAGCCAAACAAAGCAUAAAAAUCAAAAACUAGCAGUUGGAGAGAUUGUUGGAAUUUGGAAAGAGUUAUUAAUGGAGUUUGAAUGCAAAUAGCUCCAAAUAUGUUAAGUGUAAGCAAGAGUCGAUCCGCCCGAUCCUGGUUUAUUGUAGGACAUCUUGGAUGACUUCUAGAUGGUCUAGUAUCUCUCCUGGUUUCUAUAAAUAGGUUCGGGUCGAAAUUUUUUGAAAGAGUUAAAGACUUCAAUUAAAUAAUGUCGUUUUGACCCAUUUAGUAAAUUGGAUGGAUCUUUUUGUUGGAUCUGGUUCUGGGCUAUUUUAUUCCUUCUAUGGAAUCCUAAGAGGCUCUCUUUGAGGGGACAAGUGACUUUGGUUGAAGACAACUCAUGGUUGGACUUUUAUGGACUGAGAUAUGAGGAAUAUUCCACUUCCUAUUGAUGCACUGGUGAGUUAACUGUCUUUGGCAAGUGAUUUCAUGUCAAUUGUCUUUAUGGUUGUGGAGAUAUUGUAUGCACAUAUGUCCUACUCGGUUUCUUUAGCUCAUUUGAGCUUCAUGCUCUCCACUCCAUGCCUCAUGAUUAUUUGCUCUAUAUAUGGGUUAUGUUGACUAGAUGUCCUCAUCACUCUUCAUUUGAAAGUUCUUCCCUCAAA